AUGUACUUUCAGCUCCAGCACGAAGAGAAGAGUGGGCAGACAUCAUGCAUGUCGAGUGUGACAAUGGGACAAUGCGUCGUAAUUGAUGUUCUUGACUGGACAACUGCUACAUACACGAAACUGUGUUCAAAGUAUCCAACUCCGUUCGUGCAUACGGUAAACCUGGCACUGGGCACUGGGCACUGGCAGACCGCAACCUCGGGAUUGCGAUCUGUCACUUUCCAGCCACAUGGAUCGUGA